GUCCCAUCGGCCGUGAGUGGGGCCGGGACUGGUGUUUAGGCAAUUCAAGAAGGAAUUGCUCCUCUUCCCGCCUCUGGCGAUUGGAAGAUGUAGUCAGUAGAUUUCCCCGGCAGUAGAUUUCCCUCUCGGGAUCCUUACGAAAUUCCUGGCCAAGAAAGCGUCGAACUCUGGUAGCGCUCGAUCUAGAUUCUGGAUCCCAGUCGGGUUCCUGAUGAGUCCGGAGCAGCUGGAAGUGAAAUGUGUCGCGGACGAGGCGUGGUAUAAUGCUGAUGUCGAGAUUUUAGACGACGGCAUCCUCGUGCGGUACGACGGCUUCAACGAGGAUGACGAGGUUUGGGACAUAGCCUACUUGAGGAAACACGCAGGCAAUGUCCAGGAUGUGAUCAGACUCUCGUCAUCCCAGCUUCAGGAUGAGCAAUGUCUUUCCAUCAAAGAAGGAAUGGUCGUUUGUGCUCGGGCCGUUCUUGAAAACAACGACGACGACGACGACGACGAAGAAGACGGCGAGAAGGAAGAAGAGGUGAAGUACUUCGACGCGCGAAUCGUGAAUGUCGCUCGAAACCCCCACACCUUCGACGACGAAGAAGAGCGUUGCACCUGUGUUUUCGAGGCGUACUGGAUAACCGGUCCGCACAAGAAGAAAUUCGCCAACCCUUACAAUUCCGUGUUUUUCACCUGUGAGGACAUUUGUCUCCUUAAUAACGGGCACGUGGAAUCUCACCCUGUUGUUCAAAAACUAUUGCACUUGGUAGGCAUUAGUUCGCAAGUGUUGUCGGAUCAGUCUGAGAAAUCCCACCCCAGGUCUAGCUUGACAGGCCCGAGUAGGAGCAGGGAAGUGAGCAGUAACGAAGAUAGACCACUAGCUUCCGAGCAAUCUGGAAAUCCGGAUUUCCAUGUAAAAAUUGCGGAGUCUGUGCUCAUUAAAGAAGCGAGCACUACCGCAGAGAGAGAAACAUCUUGCGGGGGAAUUUCCGAGCAGUCGCGGAAAAGCGCAUCUGCCUUCACUGCUGCGGGGAUCGAGGCCGAAGGUGAGUCCGAUCAAGAGGACAAUAUUUCGGUUAUUUCCAUAUCGAGUGAUGAUUUCUCGACAUCAGCGCCAUCUUGGGCAGAAAGUGGCGAUACGCAGUCCGUCGAGCUUAAAGUGGGGCCUGUGCCCGAGCAGACGGUCAAGAUAGAAGGAAAGAACGUAGAUGAAAAGGUAAUGAAUCUAUCUCCUGAAGGAGCGAUCACCAGGCCUCCGCUUAAGCGAAUGAGAGGAAGCGUCGACGAGUAUCCUGCUUGGUUCAAGCCAUCGGGAAGAAGCCAAAUUCAUCUGCAACCGCAGUGAGGUGCCCAAAUCAAACCGACCGAUGAUUUUGAGCAUGAGAGAAACCCGCGUUUGAAUAAUUCUUCGCACUUUCCGCGACCUUUGACGGCAAACGUGCCCACGAAGGCUGUGAAAAUGUCAAUGUGACAUUUUCACUUUCGGGCCGCGACAAGUAAUAGCCUUAUCCAAGUAAUAAUCUACGCUUCCAGACCUCGAGAUUGAGGCGUCAUCAACUUUCAUCGAGAAUUCGCACUGCGAGAUAGAUGUACGAAAUCGAGGCGAGGCGAGGGAUGUGAGCAGGAGGGCCCCGAGCACGUGGGGAAAUAGGUUUUCGUAUCUCCGACAGUUUCACUCCAGUCCAGUCGGUCGGCGCGAACCCCAACGGAGAUCCACCAGAAGGGCCCAUCCGCCUCAUAAUAUCUCCUCCUUUUGGGUUGACACGUCUGUGGGGACUCUGCGCCGUGUACUGGAGUGGACAAGAGUGGAGUGACGGGAAUGGACUCUGCAGAAAAUUUCUGCACAAAUCACUCUGCAGACAUCGAGAAAAUUAGGCAUUUUUUAUUGCAAAUUCGGGAAGCUUCGCUCACU